AUGUAUGCGCAAAACGAUGUUAAUCGGGGAGAAUUCACGUGGAAGAUCAGUAACUUCACUAAGCUGAUUGCGCUGAGGCUUUAUUCUGAAGCAUUCACAGUUUCUGGGUGUCAAUGGAGAAUUCUGGUAUACCCCAAAGGGUAUGGCUCGACGAACUAUUUGGCGGUGUACCUCGACGUCCCCGAUUCUGGGACGUUGCCGGUCGGGUGGACCAGGAAAGCCAAGUUCAGCUUGAGCGUGAUCGAUCAAAUCAGUAAUGUUAGCCGUUUUGGAAUAGAGACGCAAGAAGUUUUCACUGCGAGCAGCAGUAACUGGGGUUUCCUACACUUCUUGCCAUUGACUUUGCUUCGUAAUCCUACGCGGGGAUUCAUAGCAAAUGACACUUUGGUUAUUAAAGCUGAAGUUUGCAUCUUAACAGUCAUUCCUCCGGUGGAUAUUCAGCCAGCUAGACCAACUGAUAUGUUUGACUCCUAUUUUACUGGUCUGGAGGAACUCAUCGAUGCUGCUGAGACUAAUGGUGCUAGUGUAGGAUCAAGUUCGUGCCGCCAUGAUGGUGCCUUGAGGGCAGAAAUUCCUAGCUUUGAAGAAGUUGAGAAGGCUAGGCAGUCCUUGAAGGAAUGCCUUUCAGAUCUCUUUAAAUUGAAUAUGAAAGAGAGGCUAUCUGAGGCACUAACAACUUUAAGCUCAGCCAGAAUUGGAUUAACGUUGGAGCAACAAAUAGCAAUUGAGACAUUUCGGUCCAAUUUCAAUGAUUUCACUUCCGACUUCUUAACAUUUGAGCAGGACAAUGCUGAGUUUGAGCUGCAUAAACUACAGAAGGAUCAAAGAUUCUCUGCUAUGAAGAAGUGCCACGACACUCACAUCUUGUAUAAGCAGUUAAUGGAUGACCUCAUCAAGGAAGAGGAGGAAGUGAAGUCUAGGAGGGAGAAGCUUCUCUCAGACUGGAAGAUCUUGCUGGUCGAGUCCGAAGAAGCGAAGUCAGGCUAUGAAGAUGAGCAGAAGAAAGUAGCAGAGGCUGAGGAAAAGAAGAGAAUAGCCGAGGAAAAAAUGUCUAGAUCAACCACUGCUUGGUCGAAUUUGAAGGCUCAAUUUUGCUAAAACUUUAAGGUUUCGAAUAGGCUAUGAAGCAAUUGUUCACUUAAAGUAUGAGAACUGUGUUUUAGCUUGACUAUUGUUCGGCCAAUUUUCAGCAGAACAAUUGCUUA